AUGAGCACGGCUGGAAAAGUUAUUAAGUGUAAAGCUGCGGUACUGUGGGAACCAAAUACUCCCUUCUCCAUUGAGGAAAUAGAAGUCUCUCCACCGAAAGCUAAAGAAGUUCGCAUUAAGAUUUUGGCUUCAGGAAUCUGUCGCACAGACGACCAUGUGAUAAAAAAAGCAAUGGCGGCGAAAUUCCCAGUGAUCGUUGGACACGAAGCAACUGGAGUGGUAGAGAGCAUUGGAGAAGGUGUUCAGACGGUAAAACCAGGUGACAAAGUCAUCCCCCUCUUUUUGCCACAGUGUGGAGAGUGUGCUGCCUGCCGUAACCCACAGGGCAAUGUUUGCAUCAGGAGUGAUUUAACUGGUCUUGGGGUCCUGGCUGAUGGCACUACCAGGUUUACAUGCAAGGGCAAAACUGUCUACCACUUCAUGAACACCAGUACGUUCACUGAGUACACAGUGGUGGAGGAAAUUUGUGUAGCCAAGAUUGAUGACGCGGCUCCUCCUGAGAAAGUCUGCUUAAUCGGGUGUGGAUUUUCCACUGGAUAUGGGGCUGCUAUGAAAACUGGCAAGGUCACCCCUGGGUCCACGUGUGCUGUCUUCGGCCUGGGAGGGGUUGGCCUGUCAGUCAUCAUGGGCUGCAAGUCAGCCGGUGCCUCCAGAAUCAUUGGCAUUGACCUCAACAAAGACAAGUUUGAAAAGGCCUUGGUGGUAGGAGCUACUGAGUGCAUCAGUCCCAAGGACUCUGCCAAGCCCAUCAGCGAGGUGCUGGCAGAGAUGACAGGCAACUCUGUGGACUACACUUUUGAGGUCGUUGGACGUCAUGAGACUAUGAUUGAUGCCCUGGCCUCCUGCCAUAUGAACUAUGGGACCAGCGUGGUGGUAGGCGCGCCUCCCACAGCCAAGCUGCUCAGCUAUGACCCCAUGCUGCUUUUCACGGGACGCACGUGGAAGGGGUGUGUCUUUGGAGGUUGGAAAAGCAGAGAUGAUGUACCUAAAUUAGUGACUGAUUUUCUAGCAAAGAAAUUUGACCUCGACCAGUUGAUAACCCAUGUUCUACCUUUUAAAAAAAUCAAUGAAGGGUUUGAACUACUCUACUCUGGGCAAAGCAUUCGAACUAUCCUCAUAUUUUGA